UGUCCCUCGAACACAGCAGAUCACCGAUCCACGGAAAGAGGCGAAGAUGUCGGCUCGGUCAUGUGAUCAGCUGUGUCCAAUCACAGCUGAUCACAGCCGGUAGUCGGCAUUCCGCGGAGGGGACAUGUACACUGAUCAUCAGGGCACUGAUGAUCAGUGUGCCCUGAUGAUCAGUGUAGCCCCAGCAGUGCCACCUGUCAGUGUCCAUCAGUGCCAGCUGUCAGUGCUCAUCAGUGCCACGUGCCAGUGCCCAUCAAUGACACAUAUCAGUGCCUAUCAGUGCACAUCAAUGCCACAUAUCAGUGCCCAUCUGAGCUGCCUUUGAGUGUCACCCAUCAGUGCCAGUCAGUGCCACAUACCAAUG